UGUGUGAGAAAAAGAGAGGUGAGGUAACACAAAGGAGUGAUUGAACGGAGUGUGAGGGAGAGAGUGAGCAGAGGAGGGAAUGUGAGAGUCACUGGUGCUGACCUCAGAGACACAGCUGCAGAGUUUAAAGACUUUAGAGGAGAGGAGGACUGAAAGAAGAAGGUGUGCGAGAACAAACGGAGGUAACGGAGAUCUUCAGGAGGAGGAGAGGACGCAGCAGCUCUGAGAUGGAGGUCUACACAGUGACAGUAGCGACGGGGACUUCAGAUUAUUCAGGCACCAACAACUACAUCUAUGUGACCCUGGUGGGAGAGAAAGGGGAGAGUGAGCGCACCCUGCUGGACAACCCUGGACUGGACUUCUGCAGAGGAGCAGUGGAUCAGUACAAGGUGAGCAGCAGUGCACCUUUGGGCGCCCUGUUACUGGUCAGAUUGGAGAAACAGAGGUACUGGGUGGAAGAUAACUGGUUCUGUCGCUACGUCACAGUGGAGCCUCCAGGGGGAGACAAACCGCUGACCUUCCCAUGUUACCGCUGGUUAAUAGGAGACAUAAAGCUGGAGAUCAGAGAGGGAACAGCAAAGACCCCGAAAGACGACUCGUCCCCUCAGCUGCUCGCUCACAGGAAGGCCGAGCUACAGGAGAGAAAGUCUGCCUACAGAUGGGUGACUUGGUCUCCAGGGAUUCCCAGAUGUAUCGACGCAAAAACAGAAGCAGAUUUACCCCAAGAUGUCCGCUUUGACAACGAGAAGAGGAGCGACUUUGAACACUCCUUACACUACGCCCUGCUGGAGCUGUCUCUCAAGAAACUGGCCAUCAGGUUUGGAAAGUCCUGGGACGACCUGGAAGACUUCAAACGGAUCUUCUGGAAGCUUCGGAGUCCCGUAGCAGAGUACUGUAUGGAGCACUGGAGGGACGACUGGUUCUUUGGGUAUCAGUGUAUGAACGGUUCCAACCCGAGGAUGAUCCGGAGGUGUAAGAAGCUUCCGGAGAAUUUCCCCAUCGCAGCGGACAUGGUGCAGAGCUCCAUGAGUCCCCGGACUCACCUGGACAGAGAACUGAAGGCAGGUAAUAUCUACCUGUUGGACUACGCCAUCACAGACGGGAUUCCCACCAACACGAUCCGAGGUAGACAUCAGCAUAUCGCUGCUCCGCUUUGCCUCCUGUACCAACACCCGGACCAGGGACUCAUACCUGUUGCUAUACAGCUGGAGCAGGCUCCCGGUUUGGACACGCCCAUUUUCCUGCCCACAGACCCGCCCCUCACCUGGCUGCUGGCCAAGAUGUGGGUGCGUCACUCUGAGUUCCAGGUGUUCCAGCUGCUGUCGCACCUGCUCAGGACUCACCUGGUCAUAGAGGUGUUCUGUGUGGCAACUCUACGACAGCUGCCUGCUGUGCACCCUGUUUACAAGCUGCUGGCUCCUCACCUGCGAUACACUCUGGAGAUAAACUGUAGGGGGCGCUCUCAACUCAUCUCUGAUAACGGCAUCUUCAAACGGGUGGUGUCCACAGGUGGGGAAGGUCUGUUGGUUCUGUCUCAGAGGGAGUAUCAGGUGCUGACGUAUCGCUCACUGCAGCCUCGAUACGACUUCACAGACAGAGGAGUGACCCAAUUGGACAAAUACCACUACAGAGAGCACAGCCUGCUGCUGUGGGAUGCCAUACACAGGUUUGUCUCAGGUGUUGUCUCUGUCCCUCAGGUUUGUCUCUGUCCCUCAGGUUUGUCUCUGUCACUCAGGUUUGUCUCAGGUGUUGUCUCUGUCCCUCAGGUUUGUCUCUGUCACUCAGGUUUGUCUCUGUGUUGUCUCUGUCCCUCAGGUUUGUCUCUGUGUUUGUCUCUGUCACUCAGGUUUGUCUCUGUGUUGUCUCUGUCCCUCAGGUUUGUCUCAGGUGUGGUGGAUCUGUAUUACCUGUCAGAUCAGGAUGUUGAGGAAGAUCUUGAACUGCAGGCGUGGAUCGGAGACAUCACUCAGGAAGGAUUCACAGAGCUCCCAAACUUUGGUCUGAGCAGUAAACUGAGCAGCAGAGAGGAGGUCUACACGCUGCUUUCAGUCGUCAUCUUUAUCGGCACGGUUCAACACGCCGCGACAAACAACGGACAGUUCGACUGGUGCGCCUGGGUCCCAAACACUCCCUGCACCAUGAGACACCCCCCACCCACGGACAAGGAUGCUGUUACCAUGGAGAUGAUCAUGGACACCCUCCCUGAUGUGAGCCAAUCGUGUGUUCAGAUGGCGAUCACCUGGCACCUGGGACGAGCUCAGCCGGACGCUAUCCCUCUGGGUCAGUACACCGAGGAGCAUUUCACUGAGGGGCGGGCUCAGCAGGUGAUUGACAGAUUCAGGACGGAGCUGAAGGAGAUUGAGGAGCACAUUCGGAGUGAGAACGAAGGGGCGGAGCUUCAGUACCUGUACCUGCUGCCGAGCCGCAUCGAGAACAGCAUCACUAUAUAAACACACACAUGCAGACAGCCUGUCAUCACUCCUCUCCAGCUCCUCCCCCUUUUCCAAAUAUGGUCACGUAUCUGUAGUAUUUAAGCAACGCUCGCUCUCUAUUGGUUAAAAGAUGAUCAAUGAAAUAUUAAUAAAGUUUAUAAAUGUUAAA